AUGUGUACAUUCUGGGUUAUAUCACCCAGUGUGCUGUGGGGUCUGCUACUCUGUCUGACAGCAGUGGAAGCCCAGCCGAGGAUUGAGAUCGCUCCUCAAACGACCACCGUCGUGGCAGGACGUACCGCUAUCCUGCACUGCAAAGUCGUCAACAAGGGUAUGUACACGGUCAACUGGAUCAAACACCACGGGGUUACAAGUCGGUCAGCAGGUGAACUUGGCUGCUCCACGGAGAGGGGGGAGCCGGCAGCGCGUCUAAACUGGACCCUGGACGGAGCAGAGCUCCCAGUAAAACUGACCGAGUCAACUCCAGGGUUUAUUGAGCUGAACUUCGCCAGGAAUGUCACCGUGGCGGACGACGGGAGGAGUUUCAUCUGCACCUUGACGCACGAACUCCUUCCAGAACCGAGGAUGUGCGAAGUAGGACCUCUUGAUGUGGUCUACCCGCCCGUAGAGACGACCAUCUCAGCCACGCCGCUUGUUCCUAAGGAGGGUGGGACUCUUUUCCUGAUCUGCGGUGCGACGGCUAACCCAAUGUCGGAUAUCAGUUAUACUUGGUACAUCACCCCGCCAAGCCCAGAGAUUGGAGAGAGUCAAGCGAGCAGAGUGGAUAGACCCGGGGCUACCGGUAAUUUAUGGGUCCUGAGAGAUGUGGCUUACGAGGAUGAAGGCACUGUGGUUGUCUGUGAGGCAAGGAACGGUCUAGGAGCACUCAAUGCCUCCUUCGCCAUUGAUGUCUUCAAGAAAACCACGCCUCCCCCGCGCCCAACACCACCCAUUGUGGUCCCAACCAAAGCCCCGCCUCCAGCCACUCCUGAGCCUAAAUCAGGCUCCCUGAUCACAGCUCCUUACGUCAUCAUUCUCAUACUGAUAGCUGCGGCCUUGCUGCUACUGACCAUCGCUUUGGUCAUCUUUGUCGUUAAGAGGAAGAAGCGACCGACCCAAGCCGUCAUCACAGUGACUGAUCUAGACAACAUCCACGCUGACGUGCAUUCCUUAGCUUCCUUUGGUGGCAUCUCUCGGACAGGCACGCCUUAUCUCGACCGUGUCGACUAUGAACUCAAUCGUAGUCGCUCCCACAGCAGGGACAUGUUCGACAGCGUAAGCUUGGACUCAGCCUCUGCUCUGGUCAACAUUAACAGGUCGCACUCUCGAGACUCCCCUACCCACAGGAAGUACAGUGUCGACUCCCUAGGCAAAACCCCUCCGUCAUGAUCAUGGCCACCAUGAGUACCGCAGCCCCAGCAAU